AGUGGAAAGCAACUGAUCACUAUCCGCGAGUGCUUGAAAGUUUGUGUUCAAAAUGUUAGUUCUUCCGAUACUUCUUUGCCUAACGGCUAGUACUCUAGUUGAAUGUUCAGCCGUAGCUGGAGGUAGUAGUUAUUCAGCAUCACAUGCAGCAUCAGGAGAAAAUAGACUUGUAGAUCCAAGAGCUAAACGUGAUGUUCUUGAAGCCAUAGCUGCAGCUGAGAGUUAUGCAAAUUCAGGAGCAACAUCGAGAGAUUACAGGUCUGUAGAUACGAUUGAAAAACGUGAUACUUCUUCAAAAGCAUUAGCAGGCAGUGACGCUAACUCAGGAUCUGGAGCAGGAAGCAAUGCUAAUUCAGGAUCUGGAGCAGGAAGCAAAGCUAACUCAGGAUCUGGAGCAGAAAGCAAUGCUAACUCAGAAUCUGGAGCAGGAAGCAAUGCUAACUCAGGAUCUGGAACAGGAAGCCAUGCUAACUCAGGAUCUGGAGCAGGAAGCAAUGCUAACUCAGGAUCUGGAGCAGGAAGCAAUGCUAACUCAGGAUCUGGAGCAGGAAGCAAUGCUAACUCAGGAUCUGGAGCAGGAAGCAAUGCUAAUUCGGGAUCUGGAGCAGGAGGUAAUGCUAAUUCAGGAUCUGGAGCAGGAAGCAAUGCUAACUCAGGAUCUGGAGCAGGAAGCAAUGCUAACUCAGGAUCUGGAGCAGGAAGCAAUGCUAAUUCGGGAUCUGGAGCAGGAAGUAAUGCUAAUUCAGGAUCUGGAGCAGGAAGCAAUGCUAACUCAGGAUCUGGAGCAGAAAGCAAUGCUAACUCAGGAUCUGGAGCAGAAAGCAAUGCUAAUUCAGGAUCUGGAGCAGAAAGCAAUGCUAACUCAGGAUCUGGAGCAGAAAGCAAUGCUAACUCAGGAUCUGGAGCAGGAAGCAAUGCUAACUCAGGAUCUGGAGCAGAAAGUAAUGCUAAUUCAGGAUCUGGAGCAGAAAGCAAUGCUAACUCAGGAUCUGGAGCAGAAAGCAAUGCUAACUCAGGAUCUGGAGCAGGAAACAAUGCUAACUCAGGAUCUGGAGCAGAAAGUAAUGCUAACUCAGGAUCUGGAGCAGAAAGCAAUGCUAAUUCAGGAUCUGGAGCAGAAAGUAAUGCUAACUCAGGAUCUGGAGCAGAAAGUAAUGCUAACUCAGGAUCGGGAGCCGAAAGUAAUGCUAACUCAGGAUCGGGAACCGAAAGUGAUGCUAACUCAGGAUCGGGAGCCGAAAGUAAUGCUAACUCAGGAUCUGGAGCAGAAAGUAAUGCUAAUUCAGGAUCUGGAGCAGAAAGUAAUGCUAACUCAGGAUCUGGAGCAGAAAGUAAUGCUAACUCAGGAUCUGGAGCAGAAAGUAAUGCUAACUCAGGAUCGGGAGCCGAAAGUAAUGCUAACUCAGGAUCGGGAACCGAAAGUGAUGCUAACUCAGGAUCGGGAGCCGAAAGUAAUGCUAACUCAGGAUCUGGAGCCGAUAGCAAUGCUAACUCAGGAUCUGGAGCCGAUAGCAAUGCUAACUCAGGAUCCGGAGCAGGAAGUAAUGCUAACUCAGGAUCUAGAGCAGAAAGUAAUGCUAAUUCAGGAUCUGGAGCAGAAAGUAAUGCUAACUCAGGAUCUGGAGCAGAAAGUAAUGCUAACUCAGGAUCUGGAGCAGAAAGCAAUGCUAACUCAGGAUCGGGAGCCGAAAGUAAUGCUAACUCAGGAUCUGGAGCAGAAAGCAAUGCUAACUCAGAAUCUGGAGCAGGAAGCAAUGCUCACUCAGGAUCUGGAGCAGGAAGCCAUGCUAACUCAGGAUCUGGAGCAGGAAGUAAUGCUAACUCAGGAUCUGGAGCAGAAAGUAAUUCUAACUCAGGAUCUGGAGCAGGAAGUAAUGCUAACUCAGGAUCUGGAGCAGAAAGUAAUUCUAACUCAGGAUCUGGAGCAGGAAGUAAUGCUAACUCAGGAUCUGGAGCAGAAAGUAAUUCUAACUCAGGAUCUGGAGCAGGAAGCAAUGCUAACUCAGGAUCUGGAGCAGAAAGUAAUGCUAACUCAGGAUCUGGAGCCGAAAGCAAUGCUAACUCAGGAUCUGGAGCAGAAAGCAAUGCUAACUCAGGAUCUGGAGCAGAAAGCAAUGCUAACUCAGGAUCGGGAGCCGAAAGCAAUGCUAACUCAGGAUCUGGAGCAGAAAGCAAUGCUAACUCAGGAUCUGGAGCAGGAAGUAAUGCUAACUCAGGAUCUGGAGCAGAAAGUAAUUCUAACUCAGGAUCUGGAGCCGAAAGCAAUGCUAACUCAGGAUCUGGAGCAGAAAGUAAUGCUAACUCAGGAUCUGGAGCCGAAAGCAAUGCUAACUCAGGAUCUGGAGCAGAAAGCAAUGCUAACUCAGGAUCUGGAGCAGAAAGCAAUGCUAACUCAGGAUCGGGAGCCGAAAGCAAUGCUAACUCAGGAUCUGGAGCAGAAAGCAAUGGUAAAUCAGGAUCUGGGGCAGGAAGUAAUGCUAACUCAGGAUCUAAAGCAGAAAGUAAUGCUAACUCAGGAUCUGGAGCAGAAAGCAAUGCUAACUCAGGAUCGGGAGCCGAAAGCAAUGCUAACUCAGGAUCUGGAGCCGAAAGCAAUGCUAACUCAGGAUCUGGAACAGAAAGUAAUGCUAAUUCAGGAUCUGGAGCAGAAAGUAAUGCUAACUCAGGAUCGGGAGCCGAAAGCAAUGCUAAUUCAGAAUCUUCGGCUUCAUCUUCUGCUUCUUCAUCUUCUCAAUCCCAAUGGACUGAUGGUCUUUGUCCAACCAUUUCUGGGGUGCCUCUUGACAUGACUAAAAAAUCUGGAUAUUGGUAUGAAGUUCAACGUAGCGCUAACGAUUUCUCCGGCUUGGACAGAUGUCCAAGAGUAAAUUGGCAAAAACCAGUCAACGGCGUCUCGCCAGUUAUAAACAGAAGUUUCUCAACUGUCGCUGGCAUAACUGAGACAACUGUUUUACGAGUGGAACAAAGAGGACCUAAAAUUUAUUUUACGUACCAUGUUCCAAUUUUGGGAACGAUCAGCCUGAACCAUGUGUAUCUGGACAUCGAUUACGAUAAUUAUGUGAUAGUCUGGACCUGCGAAAAUCGCGGAAAUCAACAUCAUGGAACAGCUUUUGUGCUAUCAAGAUAUCCGAACUUACCUAAUAACAUCUACCAGGUGGAACGCAAUGCAUUCGCUAAAUUCAACCUCACAAUGCCACAAAUGGUCAGCAACGACUUGUCAAAUUGCCGCCAACUAUAUGAUUCUUAUGAUUAUGGUAAAGAUAUGUAAAUAUUAACAACGCUAGAUGGCUCUCGGAAAAUUUAACCAUAAGACACUGAUAAUUCUUUUGGAAUCAAGAAUAUCAUCGAAGCCAAAACACUAAGACGUGAUUUUUAAAUGUGAUUUAUGUUUCUUGUAUAUUUAUCAGAGCUAAUAAAUAAAGAUUCAAUGUUGCAUUACAUCCAAAGUAUUGUGUUAUAGAAACUCGAAUUAUUUUCUCCUAAAUCUUCAAUUUAUACCUUCAAUAUUUGAUUGGAGUUAUCAUACCUA